AUGGCCCCUUCUACUCCUACACCCAGCCCUUUCGCCGCCAUGAGGAACUUUGGUGGUAUGGUGUCAUCUGUUCUUUCUUUCGGCGACAGAUCUCGCCAAGUCUCCUCCCUCGGCCUCGGCACUCUCUCUCUGGGGGAGCCGUCUGGCGCUGCCCCGCCCCCUCGCUCCGCCUCUCCCUCCGCUGGUUCUCCCUCCCCCGUGUCUGGUUCUCCCGUCCCCGUAACGGGUUCUCCUGGAGGGCCUCCUCCUGCCGCCACUCCUCGCCGUAGGACGCCCGCCUUUCGUCCUGGUGAUCCGUCCUCCUCCGACCAGGACUCGCUCAGUGGGGGCUCGGAGUCGGGUGAUCGACCCGACACCGAAGAAAGUGAGGAUGAUGAUGAUGGGGAGGGUAGGAUCGAUAGUGAGGGUGAAAGCGAGUUAGAAGAAUACCCGGAUGAUGAUGUGGAGGUGAUUAGUGUAGAGGACAACAACGUAGAUAGUCCUGAGCCCGGUCCUGCCCCUCCCCCUGCUCAAAUUGUGGGCCAGAAACGACGCCGUUCCCUCUCUUCUUCUUCUUCUUCCUCUUCUUCUUCUUCCUCUUCUUCUUCCUCUUCCGGGGUUCUCCCCCCCCCCAACGCCAUCGCCGCUGCCGCCGCUGCUGCCGCCGCCCGCCCUGCCGCCGCCAUCGCCCGCUCUGCCGCCCCCGCCGCCGCCGCCGCCGGUCCUGCUGCCGCUGCCCCCGUCGCUGCUCCCCCCCCUUCUCCCAGAGGGGAGCCUUCGCCCAAACGGGUGAAGAGAUCACUGCGGGAAGAAGAGUACUUGUGGGAGAAGAUGAAGUCCGAGCCUGGUCGUUGGAUCGCGGUUGGUGUUGACGAAGCAUGUGAUCGUUGUCGGCCCUCCGUUGUGCUUCAUGCACGUCUGGCCCCUGCUCCUUCUGUCCCGUUUCCUCUGCCCGGGACAUCCCGCCCCGUCCCUCCGACUCUUCGCCCUUCCCCCCUCCUCAGACUCCAGCGUCUGUCCCCCGUUCGCGGGUACCUCCUUCGUCUCUCCGGUCGGUUCGCCGUACUUCGCCGGACCUCCGCCCGUCGCCUCCGUCGCCGUCGCCCUUCGCUCCUGUGGCCGGCUUCUCGCCGUCCUUCGGCCUCUGCUCCUUCGGCCUCCCGUCCUUCGGCCUCUCGUCCUUCGGCCUCUCGUCCUUCGGCGCCACGUCCGUCCUCUCCAGUGGUAGCUUCUCCUCCGGCUCACAGCACCCGAAGUCGGCGUCCUUCUGUUCUUCCGGCCACUUCGGCGGCCCCUCCCGUCACCCCUCCCUCUGCUUCCCAGAAGACACCGAAGUCUUCUUUAAAGAAAUCAAAAGGGAAAUCUAAAGAGAAGGAGGUUGCCUUCAAUGAUGGUGAUGUGGAAGGUGAAGAUACUCAGCGUGCUGGUCCCUCUGCUCCCCGGUUGUCCCUCGUCCACCCUCGUAUCUCCCUGGACGUCCGUAUUCCUGAGGACGAAAAGGAAUUCGCCACUUAUCGUUCUCUCGUCCUCGGUCUCACUACUCAGCUCGAGGCCGCCCGAAAUGAUACAUCUCUCCUGCUUGACUUCUCUUCUCGUCAAGCUAACGCUUUAAACAACCUCACUGCGGCGUUAGUAGAUGUAGUCAACACUGGGGCUCUGGACGACGGAGCAAGGACGAGGUUAGCGGACGUCUCUCGCCGAAGCCUUACUGAGAUAGCCGAUGUUCGCCGAAGACUGUUCGACACCCCCUUCCUAGUCACUCCUAUGGCGUAUGAGCCACCACCGUCCCUUGACUGGUUAGGUCGCCGUAGUAGUUCUCGUGUCCCAGCUUCCGCCCAGACUGCUCUCGACCUCCUCAGUCUUCCCUUCGAGUGUCUACGGACCAUACGUUCUCUGUGGAGGACUCCGAGCAUGCAAGCUGCUCGAGAUGUCCAGGACUUCGGUGACUUCUUCGGGGCUAUGAAUCGGGCAUGGAAUGCUUCUCUCUCUACUGCGUUCCCGUCGGAGACUCUCGAUCUACCUUCGGUCAUCGGUAGCCUCCACACCAAUCCCGCGGGACCGAGUAGAUCGAAGGAGAAAGGAAAAGGAAAAGAUAAGGGUAAGAGUAAGGACAAGUGA